GCAGCAGCCAGAUAUAUACACCACGUCUCUGGUUCUAUGAACUCAUGUCAUUCUUGGAAGAGAAGGAGAUGAUCAGAGAAGGAUUGGAUACUCUGGAAGAAGACGAGUCACAAAUGGAUGCUGUGGAAACAGUUGGUGACCCAGGAAGUGGUGCAGCAGUGGUGCAAGAACAGAGCAACCAACGGCAGAACGCAGGUCCUUCUACUAUUGUAAAUCCGGCUGGGACUAGGGCUCCGAUUCCACGAAAAAGGAAAAUGAGUGCAUUGGACAAAAAAAAGGAAGCCAUGUUUGACUCUGUGCAAAAUUUACUGUCUGCAACCGAGGCCGAGUGGGAGGUGAUAGGUAAAUCGCUUGGCUUACAACUCAGCCAACUCAAUAACGAUCAGCAAACCAUUGCCCAAAAAUUGAUUUCAGAUAUAAUUUUUUAUGGAAAGCGUGAGAAGCUGACUGACAUGUCAUGUAUUAAUCUAGCCCCAAAUUCUUCGCCUCAUUUCUUUCAAACACCACACCCAUCUUUUCAAAGCAUGCACGAUAAUCACAGAUUCAAACGUUCAACACCUCCUUUCCCUUCUCAAAAAUCGCAUACCCUUGUUGCAAGCCCAUCUCCACCCUUCAUUCCACCCUCACCAUCUUCAAUAACUACAAAUGAGUCCAAUAGUAGUGCACAAGAUGACUACAACAUAACAGAGUUAAAUUCAAUCCAAAAUCCUCGUGGUUACUACAAUCCCGAUCACGAAUAUUAUUAAUAUUUUUGUAAAAGUUAAUUUUUCUGUUAAUUUCCCCACUAUAGUCGUACAUUUGGGUUCCAUUCAACUAAUAAGUAUGAUUUUUUUGUAAUUUUUUUAAUGUCCUGUUUGGACUUUUUAAAAUGACUUAAACGACUGUUUCAAUGUGUAUGGACAGUAUAUGAGAUUCAUAUGAGUUGUUUAAAACUACCAAUAAACUAAUUGUUAUUGAAUAUUGUGUGGUUUAUUUACCUUUAUGUACUUCUUCAGACAGUGGUAAAUUGCAGCACAGGUUUCAGGUAUGAUUGAUGACAGGAGCUGAGGCGAAAUAGCAGCACUGAAUUUUAAGUCUUCGUAACUCCUCCCAGUUGCCAGAUAUCGGAGAGUUACAAUCAGCCUCUCCUCAGCACUCACAGAACUUCUAAAUAAAGUGUUCUUUUUCUCAAUGAAAGGCUUAACCAUAUAGAGUAAAUCGGUAAAACACUGCUCGUCCAUUCGCAAAAAAUUUCUAAAAUCACUCUCGUCCAGUUCUUUUAACAGAUUUAAGUGUGUAAACCUUUUUCGAUCAUGAAGCCACUGCUUAGCCCAUAUUUUCCGUUUCUUCCGGCGUUUUUCCUCAGUUAUCAACAUACAACUAAGAGCUAAACCUAUUUUCUGGUUCCUAGACAACACUGGUGCCAUGACGUACAGGUGUUCUCAUCACGGUGUCUCAACUACGAAUGUU